AUGGAAGAAAUAGAUAAUAAUGUUUCCAAUGUACCAGGAAAUUCCAAUCCUGAAGAAAAUUUAUCAAAAGAAGCGAAUUUAUUAGAAAUAAAUCCAAAUGAAAGUCCACAUAUUGUCAAAGAUACACCUCAAAGUGAAAAAGAAUUUUUGUUGGCUGAUAAAGAUGUAAACAAAGGUUUCCAUUCAAUUGAGUCUGAAAAUCAGACAAAUAUUUUAAAUACAAAAGAAUCAGAAUCACAAGAUAAGUUAGUUGACAUUGAUUUAUUAGACAAUUCCGAAAUAAUUUGCAUUAAUGAUCAAAGUUCACAAAAAGAAGAAGGAACUUUGGAAUCAAAUAAAAAUUCACAAAAUGACACAAGAAUCGAAAAAGAGAAAUCAUCAGAAAAUGAUGAUGUUUGUUUGGUGUCAAACAAAACCACUGAAUCAUUAUUAAGUAAACAAUCAAAUGAAACAAAUGAUUCUAUAGGCCUUUUGCAGCUUUCCGACACUCCGUCCACAAAUAAUCUGUCUUCUUCUAAGGUUGAUAUUCCAAAGAAUCCACUUGUAGAACCUUCCACUACAAAAGACCUUUCGAAAGAUAAUUCUGCUCCUCAGACAAUUGAAGAGGUUUCAAAACCCACUGAAGUCUCUUCCACUCCAAUUCACAAUGUACAAACUCAUCCAAUACCUGCGUCACCCAAAAGCCAUCCACCCCAUUUAAAUGCUACCCCAACACCUCCCCCAACGCCACCAGAAGACUCUGAAAAGUACAAACGCCUCCAAAACCAACUUCAGAAUUUCGAAAUCGAAAUUGAACAAUUGAAGAAAGCUCUGUCACAAAAAGACAACACAAUUACCUUGUACCAACGCGAGAAUAAUCUUCUUGAAAAAGAGAAAUCCGCAUUCCGAAAAGAAAAAGAAUUGGCCAUGAAGGAAAAAGAAAGCAUCGUUAUAACUUUUGCCACAAAAGAAAAAUCACUUAUUGAUGCUAAAAAGCAAAAGGAAAUAGUGGAGAAGCAACUUGCUGAUUCUCGCAAAGAAGUUAAAAAUAUUUCAACUAAAUUCCAUGCUUUGAAUGAAGAGAAGUCAAGAAUUACUUAUAUGUUUGAUGAGAAGUGCAACGAAGUAAAGAAAUUCCAAAAAGAGCUCGAAAAACAAAAAUCCGAUUACAACAAUCUGGAAAUGAAGUUGAAGUGGAAUUCAGUUAAAUUGGCCCAAGAAACUGAAGCAAAAUUGAUUGCUGAAAAGAAACUCGAAGAAGAACGAACUGGUCCAAAGCCUCAUGAGGAAUUGGCCAAAGAAAAAUUAAAAAUGGAAUACGAAGCAACAGCGAUUCUACUUAAACACGAAAUCGAAAGCAAAGACAAGGCAAUUGAGUCCUUAACCAAAGAACAAAAACAAGCCACAGAGAAGAUAAACCAACUCCAGGAGAGUCUUGAUAAGAAAUCGCUAGAAAACACAAAUAUAACACGAGAAUUAGAAUGUUUGCGACAGGAACAUGUUGUUGUUCAAGGUUCUUAUAGUGAAGAAAUGUUGAAUUCAGCUAAACUUCGUGGUCAGCUAGAGGAACUGCAGGUGUUACGAACACAGCACACUUUAAAUGAAGACAAAAUCAAUACUCUUAAUGAAAAUCUGCGUCAGGUGGAAGAAAAACUUGUUGAUUCGACACAAGACAUGGAACAGUUGCAAGCUAAGGAACAGGAGUUGCUUAGUAUCAAUAAGGAGAUGAGUGAAAUGAUUGUUGGGUUGCAAAAUGAAAUUUGUUUACAAACAUCAAGGGUCAAAGGUAUCGAAGCAGAAAACGAGAUUCUUAAAAAAGAAAAACUCAACUUUGACACAAAAUAUGAAGAAAUAGAGUCACAAUUAAAACAAGAAAUUCAACAAAAGAAUGAUGAUCGACUGUUGCUAACAAAACAUCUCUCCGAGAAAACAAAAAUGUACGAAUUAGUUAAAGUGAAAUUGGAAAAUGUCCAAGGAGAUUUGGAAGCAACCAAAAAGAAACAUUCUCAAGUAGUUAAGGAACUGCAAAGAGAAAUCCAAAAGUUCAAAAAAAUUUCCGAAGAAAAUUCAACCUCUCCAACGUCAGCUUCGUCGAUGGGUGUCUUAUGCAGAAAUUGCCAAUUAAAAAGUACAAGUCAAGAACAACUUGCUUCAAAUCAUUCCCGAGGUAGCAAUAAUAGCCGAAGUGAUAGUGAAUCUGAAGCUCAAAGCAAUUCAUCAACUAUGAAUCGAGAUGUUCAAGGUCCUUCUAAGCAGCAUUUAGUUGAGAGAAUUCUCCGACUACAGCAGGCAUCAGCUCGACAAACGGAAAAAAUUGAUUUCUUAGAAAAUCACACACUGUCCCUGGUAGCUGAGCUACAGAAGAAAUCUAAAGUAGUUCAAUAUUACAUGAUGCGAGAUCAAGCUGGUGCCCUUACAACCUCCAAAAGUGACCAGCAUAAAACUGAAUUGGCAAAGUAUGGUGGAGUAAUGUCGGCCAUUUAUUCGGGAAUCAAAGGCCCGAACCAGAGUAUGACUUUGGAGUUAUCGUUGGAAAUUAAUAAAAAACUUCAAGCUGUGUUGGAAGAUACACUGCUAAAGAAUAUAACAUUAAAGGAAAACCUUGACGUUCUGGGUUUGGAAGUGGAUAAGCUAACAAGGAAACUUGCUCAAAUAAAGUCAUAGCGUAUUGGUGCCAUUGUAAAUAUCAUAUUUAUCGUAUACAUUCCUCCGGGGAACCUUUAUUUAAUUCAACUAAUCAAUCUUAUGUAAAAUAUUUAAACAAAAACAAA